UGUGGAGCAAGACACUGUGGGAUGACUUUAAUAUCAGGAGUUCUCUGGUACCGCUGAAGAUAAACGACCUAUAUUUUAAGAUAACGGAAAACCGCAGAACAUGGGAAUGGUCAGAUUGAUUUCGCACUAAUUCUACUUGCCUCAGAAGGGUUUGGCGGGAAGUCAGCUCGCUAUUUUGAGGUGAAGUAAGCUUACUUUGCAAAAUGACAGAGGAAUUUAUGUUCGUAUAGAUCACCUCGAAGCUCUACGAUUUCAACAUGACAAGUAAACUCAUGCAGCUAAUCGAAACACGGACCAAGCGGCCGGUUUUUGAUGAAUCAGAGUUAAAAGUUAGCUCGCACUGGAAACUUAUCAAGACAGCAAUCAAACAAGAACAUGGCGACGACCCCAAGAAACUGGAUGAAAAACAGGCUCGAAAUGUCGGGCACGGCGUCCAUCCAGUCAGUUCUUUGGAGUCCGAGGAAGACCUUUCUUUUGUAACUUUCAACUCUUUCAAUGAUAACUUCGUUGGGAUCGACUGCGAGGGUAAAGCGUCUGUGUUUUUGAGAACCGGUUACAGAGAAGAUAUCAACAGCAAAAUCCUAAGAGAUCCCAUUUGUGGGAUAGUGUAUGCAAGGAGAACUAGAUUCUAUGUUGCCUGGGGAUUUGAUGAAAAUAUAAGAUUAUUGUCAGAUGGCUUCAAAGUCAUAAGUGUGGCAUCCUCAGUCAGCAGGAUAUUCAGUGGAGUGUAUAAUGAAGCAACAAAUGAGAUCGUAACUGGAGGAGUUGGAAAUGUCACGGUAAGUACUCAUCUGAGACAGUGUUAUAAUUUUAGCUCAACUAAUGUGUGAAUCUCAGAUUGAUCUGAAUGAAUUUAAAAUGUGGGAUGAGAGGAGGCGGUAAGGGGAGAGGAACAGGUCGUGAGAAGUGCCCCCAUAACCUUCUAAAUUGAUCUUGUGUGGGACAUCUAAAAAUCAACCGCUACAAUGCUUGUACUGUGGUCCAAGAGCACCUGGAAUCCAGGCACAUAUAUCUGAAUGCCACUAACUUCAAAGGUGCGACUUGUGCUCAUUGUUGUUAACUCCAUUCAA